AUGCAGGUGGACAAGAGCCAGGGCAGGGCAUGCCAGGAGAUGCUGCAUUCAGAUGAGAAAAAAGUUCCAGAAACCUGGGGUCUGCCCCAGGUGCCCCCUCUGAUCCAGCCCUUUGAGUUCCCGCCUGCCUCCAUCGGCCAGCUACUCUACAUCCCCUGUGUGGUGUCCUCGGGGGACAUGCCCAUCCGCAUCACCUGGAGAAAGGAUGGACAGGUGAUCAUCUCAGGCUCGGGUGUGACCAUUGAGAGCAAGGAAUUCAUGAGCUCCCUGCAGAUCUCCAGCGUCUCCCUCAAGCACAAUGGCAACUACACUUGCAUUGCCAGCAACGCAGCAGCCACCGUGAGCAGGGAGCGCCAGCUCAUCGUGCGUGUGCCCCCUCGAUUUGUGGUGCAGCCCAACAACCAGGAUGGCAUCUAUGGCAAAGCUGGUGUGCUCAACUGCUCAGUAGAUGGCUACCCACCACCCAAGGUCAUGUGGAAGCAUGCCAAAGGGAGUGGGAACCCCCAGCAAUAUCACCCAGUGCCCCUCACUGGCCGCAUCCAGAUCCUGCCCAACAGCUCCCUGCUGAUACGCCACGUCCUGGAAGAGGACAUUGGCUACUACCUCUGCCAGGCCAGCAACGGUGUGGGCACCGACAUCAGCAAGGCCAUGUUCCUCACCGUCAAAAUCCCAGCCAUGAUCACGUCCCACCCCAACACCACCAUCGCCAUCAAGGGCCAUUCCAAGGAGCUGAACUGCACUGCGCGGGGAGAGCGGCCCAUCAUCAUCCGCUGGGAGAAGGGGGACACUGUCAUCGACCCAGACCGAGUCAUGCGGUAUGCCAUUGCCACCAAGGACAAUGGCGAUGAGGUGGUCUCCACACUAAAGCUCAAGCCAGCUGACCGUGGGGACUCCGUGUUCUUCAGCUGCCACGCUAUCAAUUCAUACGGGGAGGACCGGGGUUUGAUCCAGCUCACUGUGCAAGAACCCCCUGACCCCCCAGAGUUGGAGAUCCGGGAGGUGAAGGCCCGGAGCAUGAACCUGCGCUGGACUCAGAGAUUUGAUGGAAACAGCAUCAUCACUGGCUUUGAUAUUGAGUACAAGAAUAAAUCAGAUUCCUGGGAUUUUAAACAGUCCACUCGAAACAUCUCCCCAACCAUCAACCAGGCCAACAUCGUGGACUUGCACCCGGCAUCUGUGUACAGCAUCCGCAUGUACUCCUUCAACAAGAUUGGACGCAGUGAGCCAAGCAAGGAGCUUACCAUCAGCACAGAAGAGGCUGCUCCUGAUGGGCCCCCUAUGGAUGUCACCCUGCAACCGGUGACUUCACAGAGCAUCCAAGUGACCUGGAAGGCACCAAAGAAGGAGCUACAGAAUGGAGUCAUCCGGGGAUACCAGAUUGGCUACAGGGAGAACAGCCCUGGCAGCAAUGGGCAGUACAGCAUUGUGGAGAUGAAGGCCACUGGGGACAGUGAGGUCUACACCCUGGAUAACCUCAAGAAGUUUGCUCAGUAUGGUGUGGUGGUUCAGGCCUUCAACCGGGCAGGCACAGGACCCUCGUCCAGUGAGAUCAAUGCCACCACCUUGGAAGAUGUGCCCAGCCAACCCCCAGAGAAUGUCCGAGCCCUGUCCAUCACUUCUGAUGUGGCUGUCAUCUCUUGGUCGGAGCCCCCACGAAGCACCCUCAAUGGUGUCCUCAAAGGCUACCGGGUCAUCUUCUGGUCACUCUACGUUGAUGGGGAGUGGGGCGAGAUGCAGAAUGUCACCACCACGAGAGAGCGAGUGGAGCUGCGGGGUAUGGAGAAAUUCACCAACUACAGCGUCCAGGUGCUAGCCUACACACAGGCUGGGGAUGGUGUGCGCAGCAGUGUGCUCUAUAUCCAGACCAAGGAAGAUGUUCCAGGUCCUCCUGCUGGCAUCAAAGCUGUCCCUUCAUCAGCUAGCAGUGUGGUCGUGUCCUGGCUGCCCCCAACCAAGCCCAAUGGGGUGAUUCGCAAGUACACCAUCUUCUGUUCCAGCCCCGGGUCCGGCCAGCCGGCUCCCAGUGAGUACGAGACGAGUCCUGAACAGCUCUUCUACAGGAUUGCCCACCUGAACCGGGGACAGCAGUACCUGCUGUGGGUGGCCGCGGUCACCUCCGCAGGCAGGGGGAACAGCAGUGAGAAGGUCACCAUCGAGCCUGCUGGCAAGGCCCCAGCAAAGAUCAUCUCAUUUGGAGGCACUGUAACAACACCCUGGAUGAAGGAUGUCCGGCUGCCUUGCAAUUCAGUGGGAGAUCCAGCCCCAGCUGUCAAGUGGACCAAGGACAGUGAAGACUCGGCAAUCCCCGUGUCCUUGGAUGGACACCGGCUCAUCCACACAAAUGGCACACUGCUGCUUCGCGCUGUGAAGGCUGAGGACUCGGGCUAUUACACCUGCACAGCCACCAACACUGGUGGCUUCGAUACCAUCAUCGUCAACCUUCUGGUGCAAGUUCCCCCGGACCAGCCCCGCCUCACUGUCUCCAAAACCUCUGCCUCUUCCAUCACUCUGACCUGGAUUCCAGGGGACAAUGGGGGCAGCUCUAUCAGAGGCUUUGUGCUGCAAUACUCAGUGGAUAACAGCGAAGAGUGGAAGGAUGUGUUCAUCAGCUCCAGCGAGCGCUCCUUCAAGCUAGACAGCCUCAAGUGUGGCACAUGGUACAAGGUGAAGCUGGCAGCCAAGAACAGUGUGGGCUCUGGGCGCAUCAGCGAGAUCAUCGAAGCCAAGACCCAUGGGCGGGAACCCUCCUUCAGUAAAGACCAACACCUCUUCACCCACAUCAACUCCACACAUGCUCGGCUUAACCUGCAGGGCUGGAACAAUGGGGGCUGCCCCAUCACAGCCAUUGUCCUGGAGUACCGGCCCAAGGGGACCUGGGCCUGGCAGGGUGUCCGGGCCAACAGCUCCACAGAGGUGUUUCUGACAGAACUUCGAGAGGCCACCUGGUAUGAGCUCCGCAUGAGGGCUUGCAACAGCGCUGGCUGUGGCAAUGAGACCGCCCAGUUUGCCACCCUGGACUACGACGGCAGCACCAUCCCACCCAUCAAGUCUGCUCAAGGAGAAGGGGACGAUGUGAAGAAGUUGUUCACCAUCGGCUGCCCUGUCAUCCUGGCCACCCUGGGGGUGGCCCUGCUCUUUGUUGUACGCAAGAAGAGGAAGGAGAAACGGUUGAAGAGGCUCCGAGAUGCAAAGAGUUUGGCAGAAAUGCUGAUAAGCAAGAACAAUCGAAGCUUUGACACCCCUGUUAAAGGGCCGCCCCAGGGUCCACGGCUCCACAUUGACAUCCCCAGGGUUCAGCUGCUCAUCGAGGACAAGGAGGGCAUCAAGCAGCUGGGAGAUGACAAGGCCACCAUCCCUGUAACAGAUGCAGAGUUCAGCCAAGCAGUCAACCCACAGAGCUUCUGUACUGGUGUCUCUUUGCACCAUCCAGCCCUCAUCCAGAGCACAGGACCCCUCAUCGACAUGUCAGACAUCCGGCCAGGAACCAACCCAGUGUCCAGGAAGAAUGUGAAAUCAGCCCACAGCACUCGGAACCGGUACUCAAGCCAGUGGACCUUAACCAAGUGCCAGGCCUCCACCCCUGCCCGAACCCUCACCUCUGACUGGCGCACCGUGGGUUCCCAGCAUGGUGUUACUGUCACUGAGAGUGACAGCUACAGUGCCAGUCUAUCCCAAGACACAGACAAAGGACGGAACAGCAUGGUGUCUACUGAGAGUGCUUCUUCCACCUAUGAGGAGCUGGCCCGGGCCUACGAGCACGCCAAGCUGGAGGAGCAGCUGCAGCAUGCCAAGUUUGAGAUCACAGAGUGCUUCAUCUCGGACAGCUCCUCGGACCAGAUGACCACAGGCACCAACGAAAAUGCUGACAGCAUGACAUCCAUGAGCACACCCUCAGAGCCUGGCAUCUGCCGCUUCACCGCCUCUCCACCCAAGCCCCAAGACGCUGACCGGGGCAAGAACGUGGCUGUGCCCAUCCCUCACCGAGCCAACAAGAGCGACUACUGCAACCUGCCACUGUACACCAAGUCAGAGGCCUUCUUCCGAAAGGCAGAUGGGCGGGAGCCCUGCCCUGUGGUCCCACCCCGAGAGGCCUCCAUGAGGAACCUGACUCGAGCCUACCACACCCAGGCACGGCACCUCACUCUGGACCCUGCCAGCAAGCCCUUGGGCCUCCCCCAUCCAGGGGCCCCUGCUGCCACCGCCACGGCCACCUUACCUCAGAGGACUCUGGCCAUGCCGGCACCCCCAGCUGGCACGGCACCCCCAGCACCUGGUCCUACCCCCAGUGAGCCUCCUGCUGCCCCUAGUGCUGCCCCUCCGGCCCCCAGCACUGAACCUCCAAGGGCCGGAGGCCCACACACCAAAAUGGGGGGCUCCAGGGACUCACUACUCGAGAUGAGCACCCCAGGGGUAGGGCGAUCUCAGAAACAGGGGGCCGGAGCCUAUUCCAAAUCCUACACCCUGGUGUAG